CCUGUCCUUGGCCAUGCGUUGGAUGAAUGCUACGGUGAAUCCGGCCAUGUUGGGCUGCUGUGAAGCAGAUGGCCAUCAAACAGCUCUCCCCGGUGCCCCCGCUGCCGGCGAACUAUGCUGAGCGCAGGGGCCUUGGUGGCGCAGUUGCGCAGAGCCUGCAGAAGUGCCUUCAGGCCUCUGGCCUGUGCUUGGUGCAUGGUGCCGGUGGCAUGGGAAAGACGGUACAGACUUGUGCGACGAUUCAUCAGGAGACCGUGCUGUCAGAGAUCUUUCCCGAUGGAGUCGCUUAUGUGACGGUGGGCCAAUCGCCUGAUUUGGUCCACCUGCAGUCGCAGCUCUUGCGCGCCUUCGGUGUCUUCGAGGCUCCCACGGACCUCUCCGACGGCUACGCCAAGCUCUUCGGAGCUCUUGCAGGUCGAAAAGCGCUGCUGAUCCUGGACGACGUGUGGGAUGCACAGCACUUGGAGUUCUUGGUGCCCUUGAAAGGGCGCCCCAAGUCCUGGCUGCAGAAUGCUGUCCUGAUCACCUCUCGCCGGGUGGAUCUGCUGGGCUCCGCGGAGCUGCUGCGCCUGGGAGAGCUCACGGAGGAGGAGGCCCAGCAGCUGCUGAAGUUGGAAGGAGAUUUGCCCUUGGUUGCCAAGCUGGCCAAGUUAUGCUCCAAAUCGCCCCUGGCCCUUUCGAUCCUGGGUGCGACAGGCCUACGAGAAGAGGAGCGAACGAGCUCCAAGCGGUCCAGCAUCUUCAACUCGUUCCUCACCGAGCUCACGGGACGCAAGGAGGAGCCCAAUGCUGUCAAGCGCUGCAUCGAGCUUUGCUCCAAGCGCUUGAGCUCCGAGGAGCUCGAGCUCUAUUUGGAUCUGGCAGUCUUUCCCGACGACGUGCUUCUUCCCGUAGGCGCCUUGCGCAACAUUUUUGCUGGGCGUGACCUUGAAGCUUUGAAGGAGUUGGAACGAUUACACCUUCUUGGCAUGGAGAGCUCAGGUGAUGAGCAGCUCGUGAGACUUCAUGACUUGUCUCUUGAAUUCGUCAAAGAGCAUGCGGUGAAGCGGGGCAUGGGCGAGAAGAAGCUUCAUGAGGACCUUCUCGAGAACUACAGCCGAUGCUUGAAGGCUCCAAGGAACUGGUGGACUGGUCCAGAUGAUGGUUACUUCUUCCAGAGGCUCUUGUAUCACCUUUCAUUGGCAGGGAGAGGUGAGGAAGGACGGGCCCUCCUCCUGAGGUGGGAGUGGAUGGCCAGCCGUUUGCGGCGACCUGGAGACGUCAUCGCCGUGGUCGCGGAGUUGAAGGCGUUUGCUCCCAAGGGUUCCUUGAGACCCAGCCUGGGAAGCUCGGAAGGCCCUAUCUCGGGCUCUGGCACGGCGGCGGCCACUGCCCUCGGCCCCUUGGCUGGGUGGCGCCGUUCUGGGCUCUUGGACAACUGCCUGGGCUGGGCGCGAGCAACCACUCGCAAGGCCCUCAGCUCGCCCUCGUCCAGUCAAGUGAAUGAGGCACCGGCAGAUGGGAUCUGGAACGCUUUGGUGGAGGUUCUGACACUCAGCGCCCACAUCCUCGCAGAGGACCCUUCUCAGUUGCCUUUCCAGGUGCUUGGACGCCUGCUGGGUUUCGAGGAGGAGCCUGGAGGCACGUCUUCAGAUGGCGCCUUGCAAGAGCUCCGCGCACGAGCCACCGGUGCCCUGGAGGCAGGGGUCUACCCUGUCUUCAACGGGAAAGAGCAGUGGAAAGCCAGCAUUUGUCCUGUCUCGCCCGGGACCUUGCAGGGCGUCGGCGGACCAUUGCAGCGCACCCUGCAGCUGCACCAGGAUUGGGUGAGAUCCCUUGCUGUAAACCGAGACGGGACGUUGCUGGCCAGUGCUUCAAACGAUCUCUCAGUGAAGGUGUGGGAUUUGACACAAGACUGCCGGAUGCUCCUGGAGCUUCUGGGUCACCGGACGGCCGUCCUUACGGUCGACCUGAACGGCGACACGGUGUUGUCGGGGGACAAGGACGAGGCGAUUCUGUGGAGCUUGGAGGGCUCGUUGCUGAGGCGUUGGGGUGGUUUCGAAGGCGGCUUGAACGUGGUGCUCUUUGUGGGCCCCGAUGAGGCGGCAUUGGCAGUUCAUCAUGAGGUGCAGGUGAUCUCCACGAGCAGCUCCACGAGCUUCAAGACCGUUCGCCUCCCACACGACGUGCGUGUGGCCGCACUGGCCGCGAGAAACUUCCCUGGGUCAGCAGGCGAUUUGCUGCUGGCCUGCGGCUGCGUGGACGCACAUGCCACGCUCUGGAGGCUGGCGAAAGGCAAGAGUCGGAAGGGCACAGGGAUUGAGUUCAGCCCAAGUUUUUUGCUGCGAUUCCCGGCUGGUGAUCAAGACGUUCGUGCGAUCAGCCUCAGUGCUUCUGGAGAUUUGCUGGCAGCAGGCAACGAUGAUACCAGGAUGCGUUUGUGGAAGAUCCAGCCAAAGAAAGCAGAGAUCUCAAUAGAGCCCCUUUGCACAGCUGGUCUGCACACAGACUGGAUUCAUUCAGUGAGCACGGCCGAUGGGUCGCUGGUGGCCUCCGGCGCGGACGACAACUCCAUCGCUCUCUACGACGUUCAGGCGCAACGCCUGGUGGGUCGCGUUCGGAUCUUCUCGGGUGCCUUCUGCGUAGUGCUCUCACCCAACGGCCACUGGCUUUUCUCCGCAAGUGGAGACAUCCGAGUAUGGAGCGUGCCCAAGAUGAUCCAAGAAACACACAAGAGUCGCACCGCCUUCCGCCGCCACGUGGUGCCCAUCAGCGCCUUGGCCAUGCGCCGCGACGGCCGCGAGGCGCUGGCGGUGUCGGGCGACGUGGAUGAGACAGGAACGCCCAACGGCGGGCUGCAGCUGAGCCGCUGGGACUGCGCAACGGCUUCUCAGCUGUCCUUUUGCAUCAUUCCGGGAUCGAAGGAAGAUGAUGAUCGACCUCUUUGUUUGUCUUUGAGCCCCAAUGGCUCCGCUUGUGCUGUGGGUUGCGACACCGGGAAGCUCUGGGUCUUGGCGCUGGAUGGAACCGCUGUUUGGGAGACCGAAGCCCACAGCGAGCGCAUUCAUUGCUGUGAGUGGUUGGAGGAUGAUUCCAUUGCCACCGGAAGCGAGGAUGGCAGCGUUUGUUGCUGGUCUUUGGAGCUCCGCGCCUGUCGCGCGCAGUGUCGACCGUACGAGGGCAACGGGCCCGUCCGCUGCUUCGCCUGGACCCACGACCGAGAGCGGGUCUUGUGCGGAGGAGACUAUCAGCAUCCUCGGCUCGUGCACCUGGCCGGUCCCGGCGAAGAUGGCUACAUGGCCAUGGAGUACCAAGAUGUGUUGCGACAGGCGACCGACCGACUGACCGGUGUCAGAGGGGAAGAAACUGGCCUGCCACCCACCAUGCCCCAAGACAGCUUUGGUCAGCAUCUGCGGAGAAAUCGUGCUUGGACCGAUCCCAUGAGAGAGUUGACGGUCAGCACCUCCUGCAGCCUUGCCCUCAGCUCGGACGACCGACGAGCGGUCACCUGCAGCUGGGACAAGGCCUUGCGUCUCUUCGACGUGGACACUGGACAGCUGCUGCUGGUGGUCACCCAGGUCUCCGAUUGGGUCGUCAAGGGCUUCGGUGCAACUUUGGCAGGUCGAAGCCGGGGCAAGCCCCGGCACCGGGGCAUUCAGGGGGAGAGCCGGCCUGGUGGGCUUUUGGGGAAAGGAGGAAAGAACCAGAUCAUGCAGAUUUGGAGUAUUUGGCCCGCAGUCGUGAAGAAAACGGCCAAAAGCGAGGUCAGCUAUGCCUGGGAUCAACAGUUGCAGCUCUGGGAUUUGGGGCUCAGUGCCCGUGGGUCUGGAUGCCGUGUGGUGGAGGCCAAAGAUGCACCUGAGAGGCUGUGUGCCUGCCAGUGCGGCUUGGAGGAACGGAGCUCUGAACGGAGGUCUUCGGAGCUGCGGAGGUGGACCUGGUGUCUGAAUCGAGGCGAUGCCUCUCUAGUGCGCAUGGCUUGUGCUCCCCGCUGGACUGAGGGCGUGAGGCGUUCCUUAGCCUUCUCCGACGAGGAGGGCGCAGUGUCGAACUUGUACCACCCGCGAGCGGUGAGUGACUGUGCUGGCGCGCAGCGGUGCGUCGUGCAAUUGCUGCCAGCGGCGAGCGCGACGUGCCGACAGCACAAAGCUGAAGGCAAAGGCGGUUCAGGCGGUUCCGCUGGCUCCAGCUGUUUGCCGGCUCGCCCCCGUGUGACCGGUCGGCCGCCUCAUGAGGCCGGCCGUGCCGCUGAUCCGGGGGGUGUGCUGAUCGCGAAUCCGAUCCCAUCCAAGUUCCUUCGCGGUGGCAUCAGUGACACCGAACCAUUUCAGACGAUCCAGCAGAAGGAGGCUCUGGACCUUCAGACCUGGCAGGUGCUUCAGACCUUGUCGUUGCUCCAGAGUGCUUUAGAAGACACGUGGUGUCCCAGCUUGGAGGAAGCGAUUGGCAGGAUCCCCCUCAGCGAGGCCGAGAGGGAACUGAUCUCUGAUCAGCUCAAUCACUUCAAGAAGAAGAUCCUCUUGCAGGUGCUACGGAAAACGUCUUCGGCAGAGCUGCGAUCUUACCACGAGGAGCAGCCAGAGGCCUUGGCCACAAUCUUCAGCUUUCUCCUGGAGCAGCCCAGUUUGUUCGAGGUCGUGAGCCAGCAGUACCUCAACAAUCCGGAUGCACGGCAAGUGGAGAACGAGUUAUCGGAGGGCAUGACACAGGUCUUGCCUUAUGUGAAGUUGCUGCUCAGGUCUUUGAGGAGCCUUCCAGCAGAGUUUCACUACAAGGGCCAGGUCUUUCGCGUCUUAACAGAUCGACAUGAUCAUCUGGAGCGGCGCUUUCACCGUGGUCGUUACUUCUACAGGUAUGGUUUCAACUUCACCUCCAAGAAAGCCGAGACCGCUGAAGGCGGCACACUUUGGCAGAUCAACACAAAUGGCGAGGCCUACAACCUCUCCUUCCUGAUUCAGCGAGAAGAGGACAUUUUACUGCCACCUUUGACAUGCUUAGAGGUGGUGUCCUGUCAUCCUGAUUCCAUGGGACCGGAUAUCAUCGUCUUCCAACAGGUGGGUCUUCCAAUGACCUGCCCCUUGGAAGGUUGUGAACAGAUGGUUCGAGCGGAGGAUAUGGCGGAGCACGUGUCGCAGCACUUCACCAGUUAUUGGAGCUUUGACCAGUUUUCGCAGCAGCUGGCCAUCCAUGGCUUCGUCCCUGAGAAGGAGCUCCGGAUCUUGGUUUCCAUGCUGAAGACCCCUGCGCGGGUCCGCGCGCUCGAGCUGCAACACACCGAUCUGGCGGACACGGGCACGGUGAUCCUCGCCGAGGCGAUCAAGGUGAACCACACGGUGAGCCAUGUGGCCUUGCGAUCGAACCUGAUCGCGAAGCGCGGCGCCACUGCUUUGGCCGAAGCGUUGCGAAGCAACGAGACCUUGGAGAGCUUGGACAUGAACUCCAAUGAGAUUGGCGAGCGAGGUGCAGAGGAGCUUGCAGAAGCCUUGCGGGUAAAUAAGACCUUGGACACAUUGGACUUGGGGAACAACCAGCUGGGCCCAAAGGGUCUGGUCCCCCUGGCCGAGCUGCUGCGGCGGAACCGCAACCGCUCGCUGCGGCACCUGGCCUUGGGGAACAACAACAUCGGCCCAGAUGCAAUUGUUUUCCUUGCAGGUGUGCUGAAGAAGAACCACACCCUGGUGGACUUGUCCUUGAAUGUCAACGAUGUUGGUGACAAAGGUGCAGAGGCCUUGGGUGAGGCCUUGAGCAGCAACAGCUGCUUGCAGCGUUUAGAUCUCAGCAACAACGGCAUCAAGGCUGCAGGAGCGGUGGCGUUCUUCAAUGGCCUCAAGAAGAACACUUGUUUGGCGCAGCUCAUCAUGGAGCUCAAUCCCAUCGGCGUCGCAGGAGCCACGGUGUUGAUGGAGGUCCUCCGGGUUCAUCCAGCGCUGCAGUUCCUGGAUAUGCGCUUGACGGACCUGGGCAAUGAAGGCUGUAUCCAAGUCGCUGAGGGCUUAAAGGUCAGCCAGGCACUCCAGCACUUGGACUUGAGCUACAAUCAGAUUUACGACCGAGGUGGAGUGGCGUUGGCCGACGCCCUGCGGCAGAACCGGAGCUUACAGGAUUUGCUCCUGCGUACGAACCAACUGGGGGACGCAGGCGUGAUUGCCUUGGCCGACGCCAUCCACAAGCACCGGACGCUACAGCACCUGGCGUUGGACAACAACCAAAUCUCUCAGUCGGGAGUGGCAGCACUGGCGCGCUCCUUGCAGAAAAGCAAAGCGCUUCUUCAGUUGUCCUUGGACUUGAACUGCAUCAAGAAUCAAGGUGCGGCGGACCUGGCGCAAGCGCUCACCGUGAAUCGGAGUCUGCUGAUCUUGCGCAUUUGCUCCAAUGAAAUUGGGGAGCAAGGUGCAGUGGCCCUUGCAGAUGCCUUAAGACAGAACUGCACCUUGCAGCAGCUCAUAGCCAGCUCCAACCUCUUCGGGCAGCACGGUGCCACGGCGCUGGGCAGCGCCCUGCGCCACGGCGCCCAGCAGCUGCAGACCUUGGACCUCCGCUCCAACGGCCUGGGCGAUCCAGGGGUCAUUGCACUGGCAGAGGCCCUGAGGCAGAACAACAGCCUGCAGACUCUCGUGGUGGGGAACAACCAUGUCCAGCGCGCUGGUGCUGAAGCAUUGGCAGAGGCCUUGAAGGAGAACCGCUCCUUACACCACUUAGAUGUGCGCUUCAAUGACAUUGGUGACAUCGGCACUACUGCUUUGACCAAUGCACUGAAAGAUCCCAAUUGCAGUCUGCAACAGUUGGGCGUUGCCUCGGUCGAGCUCACACCGAGUGGCCGUGCCACGAUGUCGGAGGUCAUGGAGAAGCGGAUGCUGGCGCGAUGCUCGAACCUCUCGGCAUCACACAAGACCCGUCGCCCUUCCAAUCCCAACUGCCAGAUUCAAUAG